GAGGCCUGGAGGACGCUGCGCCCCAUGGCCCGAGUGGGGAAACUGAGGCCCGCAGAGGGAGGGCGAAGGAGCGGGCUUGCCUGAGGCCACCGAAACCCCAGCCCCAGGAACUUUCUCUGACGUCGGGCGGACCCCCGCUAGGCUGCAAGGGUCCCGUGGUAGCCGUGACCGGCACCCUGCCAAGCGCGUACCGCCAUUCCCGCAUGUCAUCACGCGCAAUGCGUUUUGUCCUCCCUCCUCCCCAACCCAGCCUUUUGAAUCCGAGGAGAUCACCGAGGCCGUGGUGGUGACUGGCUUGCCCAACGUUCUGGAGCCAGGGAGAACUGAAGCGCCCAGGCCCCGCCUCCCGGAGGAAAGCACUGCUGCCAUCCUUCCCUCCCGGGAAUCACGCCGCGUCCCGGCAGUGCAGGCUCUGGGCUUGAGUUCCGGUGUUCCGCCUGACCCUGGAGACACCGGCUCAGCCUGCCGCCCCUGAGAGGGGCAUGCUGAUUCGCUAAGGCGCGCUUCGUCUCAGCGGAUGCCCAGAGUCAGAUGCUGCACCCAGCCAUGCGCUGCCACAGACUGGCCCUGGGCCUGGGCUUCUGCCUGCUGGUGGGCACUGCCCUCUAUGCUCUGUGGUUAUGUGUCAAGAACUGGCUGCCGUUCUCCUACGUCCCCUAUUAUCUCCCCUGCCCAGAGAUCUUCAACAUGAAGCUGCAGUACAAGGGGGAGAAGCCGUUCCAGCCCGUGGCCCCGUAAGCAGACUGUCAUGUCCCCCUGUGUCUCCGGGGGUGGGGGUUGCCUACCCUCACCCCCAGUCCUUCUCGGUUCCAGGUCACAGUAUCCUCAGCCCAAGCUGCUGGAACAGAGGCCCACGGAGCUGCUGACGCUCACGCCCUGGUUGGCGCCCAUCAUCUCCGAGGGCACCUUCAACCCGGAGCUUCUGCAGCACAUCUACCAGCCGCUGAACCUGACCAUCGGGCUUACGGCGUUUGCCGUAGGGAAGUACACCUGCUUCGUCCAGCGCUUCCUAGAGUCGGCCGAGCAGUUCUUCAUGCAUGGCUACUGGGUGCGUUAUUAUAUCUUCACGGAUGACCCCAAGGCCAUCCCGCGGGUCCCGCUGGGCCCCGGCCGGCUGCUCAGUGUCAUCCCCAUCCGGGAACACUCCAGCUGGGAGGAGGUCUCCAUGCGCCAGAUGGAGACCGUCAGUCAGCACAUCGCCGCGAGGGCUCACCGGGAGGUGGACUACCUCUUCUGCCUCAGUGUGGACAUGGUGUUCCAGAACCCCUGGGGCCCUGAGACCCUGGGAGACCUAGUGGCUGCCAUUCAUCCAGGCUACUACGCCGUACCCCGACACCAGUUCCCCUACGAGCGCAGGCAUGUUUCCACCGCCUUUGUGGCAGAUAGUGAAGGGGACUUCUAUUAUGGUGGGGCGGUCUUUGGGGGUCGGGUGGGCAGGGUGUACGAGUUUACUAGAGGCUGCCACAUGGCCAUCCUGGCAGACAAGGCCAACGGCAUCAUGGCGGCCUGGCAGGAGGAGAGCCACCUGAACCGCCGCUUCAUCUCGCACAAGCCCUCCAAAGUGCUGUCCCCGGAGUAUCUCUGGGAUUACAGGAAGCCCCGGCCAGCCAGCCUGAAGCUGAUCCGCUUUUCUACAGUGGACAAGAACUCCAACUGGCUGAGGAGCUGACAGUAGAGCCAAGGCUGCCGUGGAUGGUUCCCCAAGGCCUGCGCCCAGCUCGCCCCAGUGCCUUACUUCUCAAGCCUUAGCUGAGACCAGCCCUGUCCUGCCUACCUCAGUCUGUCAGGAGAGACCAACCGGAAAGUGGAUGUGGAAGGGCCUUUGUAAACUGUAAAGGGCUGUGCCCACAUGAGGGGAACGCAAAGCUCGCCGCACAGCAGUGUGGUUCAGGAAAGGUGGGACAUGAGAGGGGAGAGUAGAGGUAAAAACGGCAGGGCCCACAGGCUCCCCAGCAGACGUGCCUUUUGGGGCUGGGCUCUGCAGUCUGGCCCUACUCAGUGCCUGUCCCCUUUUGUCACCUUCAAGUUGCACUUGUCACGCGUCUUGGGACCCUUUUCUCUGGCUGCAGGACUCCAGUGCUCUGAUGUCCCUGUCAUGGGGAACCAAUGCCUCACUCAGGACCCCGGUGUGAAAUGGACCGGGUCUAGGUUCUCUGCCUUCCAGUCCAGCUGCACCCAAUGGUGACCACCCUCCUCGGCACUCACUGCCUUCUUUGUUAGAGGGUUGGGGCAGUUUUAAUAAAGGUGGUAUGUGCUAUG